AUGCCCCUGAAGAAGCGCCUGCACCUGUCGCCCGCUGGUCCCAAGCUGGAAGACCAUGUCGAGGAAGCUGCUUCUGCUGUCUCUACCUUUGGCACGGAAGGUAGCAUGCAUGAUUCCGAGGAGGAAGUUGGCGAUAGCGGCAGCAGUGGCGGGGACAACGAAGACGAUGGUGGCAGCCAUUCAUCGCAGAUUGACGGUGCCGACAUGGACGAUCCAUCCAAAGUGCACAUCUUUGUCAAGAAUCCCGCCGGCAGGAAAAUCUGUCUCAGGGGGGUCCACUUGACAGACACCCUUUACACCAUCAAGGCAAAGAUCCAGGAGCAGUACCGCCUCGUCUUCGAUGGGGUGCAGCUGGAAGACAACCGUACAUUGGCGGAUUACGGCAUCAAGCAUGAUUUCACGCUUGACCUCCAAGAAAAGAUGCAAAUCUUUGUGACAGAAACGCUAGAAGGAAGGACCAUCACUCUCGAAGUCGACAGCCUAGACACCAUUGACAAGGUGAAGGCCAAGAUCGAAAACACUGAGGGCUUUCCCAAGGUCCAGCAGUGCCUCAUCUUUGCCAACAAACAGCUGGAGGACGGCAAGCGCACCUUGGCUGACCACAACAUUUGUAAAGGGUCCACUCUUCUCCUCAUCCUCCUCCCGUGUAGCCCAGAUGGUGUGAUGCAAAUCUUUGUGAAGACGCCGGAAUGGAAGAGCCUCAACCUUAAGGUUGGGAGCUCGGACACCGUUGACAGUGUCAAGGUGAAGAUCUACGAGAAAAACGGUGUUCCUCCUAGACAGCAGCGCCUCGUCUUUGCUGGCAAGCAGCUGGAGGACCACCGAACCCUGGCGGACUACAACAUUAAGAGCAAUGAUACCUUUCAAUUGGUGUACCGCCUUUGUGGUUGCUGA